AUGACUUCGCAGCGAGACACCUUCGACCCGGCUAACGUGCCGAGACCCGAGAGCAUGGAUGAGCGUCGUGGGUAUAUUGACCAAUAUAUCCAGCGCUUUCAUCCUGCCUUGGUCCCUCUGAUUGAGGAGGAGCGCAAGGAUUCGUACGCUCUCAUCUGCCAGAAAUACCACCGAGAUCGUGGCUUGCUGGAGGUCCCUUCCGUGUAUUUUGAGUAUGUAGUGGAUAAGACGCUGUGGCAGAACCUCUUUAAAUGCCACGGCAUCCGUCCGGCUCCUGCUUGGCCUUGGAAGCCAGGGCCUGACGAUAAAGAUAUGAGCGGCGGCAUGUCGGAAUUCUACAAGCAAUGGCGAAUUGAGAAUAAUUUGCCCGUCGCCACCCCUCAGCAACAGAGAGACAGCUCGAGUGAUCUUUGGAUCAAUCCCCCCGUGGUCGUCGACCAAGCUUUACGGGAGACUAUCUGGAAAGAGUACUUUGGCGCCAGCCAGCACACUGGCUUUAUUCGCGGUCCUUUUGCCCUUAAUCUACCUGUGUGGGUGGACUCUGGGAGGCUUAUUCUUGGAGAUAAUGGAAGCGACAUCGACAAAAUCAACAACAAUAUCGUGGAGCCAGGUCUGGUCAUCUCAUGGGAGAUCUACGGCGCUGCGUCGCUCGGCCUUGUCGUCCCUCUUGGUCUUGUCGUCGGCUCCAAAGAUGAGGCAGGUCUAGCACGGCCGCAGGUCCAGCGCAACCUACUCACACUAUGGUGUGAUGUCGUCGCUUGGUUCUGUGAAGUGGUUGCGGGCGGGACAAUGAGCCUGGCCUCUUAUCUGCGGGUGAUGCACGUCACCAGUUACUCCGUCGAGAGGAGACCGCUUCACCAGGAAGCUGAGGCUUUGUGGCAAGAAUCCCUUGAAGCGCCUCAACAAUUCGCCGCUCAGGCCCGCGCAAGACGUGAGACCAUUCGGAAAUGGUCCCCGAUGGUUCGACAGAUUACCGACAAACCUUGCGGAGAGGCGGAACAGGAGCUUGACGCCCUGAUUCUGAGCAAUGACGCCGACCUGGUCGAACGCAAGAGACGUCUGGCUAUCGUUCGUGAUAUCUGGCUCUACGAUUCCAGGAAGCCAGUCGUCAUCCGCCGGGCCUUCAAUUGGCUCACCUACCUUUCGAGCACUCUUGAUUCUUCCUCUUGA